AUGGGAAACUUUAUCAGUUGGUUGGAGGACAACCUCCCCGACCCCAAAAGCACAAAGGGCAAUGCUGGCGAGGCCAGAGGACCUCAGCCCAAGUCCGUGUCGAGCAUGGUCUCGACUCUAGUCCCCGUCCUCGUUGCGUCGGCGGCCUACAUCCUCAUCUUUCUCAUAUUGCGUAAAUCCAAUAGGCGUUUCUAUGCGCCCAGAACCUAUCUGGGCUCGCUGCGAGAACACGAACGGAGUCCUGCAUUGCCAGGUGGUUGGUUUGGCUGGAUCGGUACUUUUUGGAAAAUCCCCGAUGCCUACGCCCUCCAACACCAGAGUCUUGACGCCUACCUGUUUAUCCGAUUCCUUCGCAUCUGCUGCACCAUCUGCUUCGUCAGUCUUUGCAUCACAUGGCCCGUCCUUUUCCCCGUCAACGCCACUGGCGGCAACGGAAAGAGCGAGCUUGAGCUUCUCUCCUACAGCAACAUCAAUAUCCAGAGUUCAAAGGAGAGGAACAGGCUGUACGCCCACUGCUUCGUCGCCUGGAUCGUCUAUGGCUUCGUCAUGUACACCAUCAUGCGCGAGUGUCUCUUCUACGUGAGCGUGAGACAGGCUUUCUUGCUCACUCCUCAGUACGCCAAGCGCAUUUCGUCUCGCACUGUUCUCUUCACUUCGGUCCCCAAGGAUUAUCUUGACGAGGCUCGCAUCCGUACUCUCUUCAACGAUUCGGUCAAGAACGUUUGGAUCCCUGGUGAGACCAAGGAAGUGGACGAGAUUAUUGAGGAGCGUGACGAGGUCGCCAUGAAGCUCGAAAAGGGAGAGGUGAAGCUGCUCAAGCUGUGCAACAAGGAACGCAUCAAGUCUAUGAAGAAGUCUGGCGCCGAGGCAGAGAAGCAAAACUCAGGCCCAACCGACCCCGAGACUGGUGACCUCGCUGCUCGCUGGAUUCCCCAGAAGAAGCGACCUUCUCACCGCACUGGCCCUCUUGGACUUAUUGGCAAAAAGGUUGAUACCAUCGAAUGGGGCCGUGAGGAGCUCAAGACUCUCAUCCCCAAGGCUGAUGAGGCCCAGGCCAACUGGCUCGCUGGCAACUACGAGAAGCACUCUGCUGUCUUUGUUGAAUUCUACACCCAAUCUGAUGCUCAGGCUGCUUUCCAGACUACCACUCACCACCAUGCCCUCCACAUGGCACCCCGACACAUUGGCGUCAAGCCUGACGAGGUUGUCUGGAACAGUCUCAAGUUCCCUUGGUGGCAGAUUGUCAUCCGCCGAUACAUCAUCGCCGCCCUUAUUGCUGUUCUCAUCAUCUUCUGGGCCAUUCCUGUUGCUAUUGUUGGUAUUAUCGCCCAAGUCAACACCAUCAAGACUCUUCCCGGUCUUACUUGGAUCGAGAGUAUCCCUAGCGUCAUUCUCGGUGUCGUCUCUGGUCUUUUGCCUUCUGUUGCUCUGUCCAUCCUUAUGGCCAUGGUUCCUAUUUUCAUGCGUGUUUGCGCCAAGCAGGCCGGUUGUGUUUCCAUCUCACAGGCUGAGCUCUACACGCAAAACACCUACUUCGUCUUCCUGGUUCUCCAGGUUUUCCUCGUCCAGACACUUGCCAACAGUUUCGUUUCGUCUAUUGUCACCAUCGUCCAGGAUCCCAGCCAGGUCUUCACCAUGCUGUCAUCCUCUAUCCCUACUGCGUCCAACUUUUACAUCUCCUACUUUAUUGUUCAAGGUCUGGGUAUCGCUACCAGCGUCCUGACUCAAGUCGUCGGCUGCGUCAUCUUCAACCUUCUGUACAAGUUCCUUGCCAGCACCCCCCGAGCCAUGUACAACAAGUGGACCACACUCAGCGCCCUUACUUGGGGAAGUCUUAUGCCUGUUUACACCAACAUUGCUGUCAUUAGCAUUGUCUACGCUGUUAUCGCCCCUCUCAUGCUUUUCUGGUCGACUCUCGGUAUGGCUCUGUUCUACCUUGCCUACCGUUACAACAUUCUCUUUGUCACCGAGACCAAGAUUGACACUCGAGGCCUUAUUUACCCUCGAGCUUUGAAGCAGCUCUUUGUCGGUGUUUAUCUCGCCGAGAUCUGCCUCAUCGGAAUGUUUAUUGUCUCCAAGGCUGCAGGCCCUGCUGUUCUGAUGGUCAUUUUCCUUAUCUUCAGUAUCUUGUUCCAUGUUACCAUGGCCAAGGCUCUCAACCCUCUCCUCUACAACCUGCCCCGUUCUCUCGAGGUUGAGGAGGAGCGAAUUCAGCAAAGCGCCCAGGGUUCCGAGCUUGAGGAUGGACAGGUUUUGAACAACAAUGGCGUCACCAACGGUACCACCAACGGCAAGGAGAACGGCGAUGCCAAGUCAACCCGCGUCGGCAAGUUCGUGCCAGGUGGAGCUGGUGGUGUUCAGAAGAAGGGUAACUUCUUCUCCAAGUGGCUCAAGCCCUGGAUCUACGCCGAUUACGCCACCAUGCGCCAGCUUGUGCCCCACGAGAGCACCAUGGGACUCGACUACACUGAGCAGGUUGAGCGAGACGCUUACUUCCCACCCUCAAUCACGAGCGAGACUCCCAUCUUGUGGAUUCCCGCCGACCCUGCUGGUAUCUCAAAGCAGGAGGUGUUGCACACAAGCAAGGUAAUCCCCAUCUCAGAUGAGGGUUGCACACUGAACGACAAGAACCACAUCGAGUGGGACACAGAGGGCGCACGACCUCCUAUCUGGACCGAGAAGAUUUACUACUAA